AUGUCUGAGAAAGACAGUGGUGAAAACCUGAAAGAAGAAACGUCUUACAAAGAUGAAAAUGAACGGAAAGCAGAGGAGCUUGGCUGCACUGAGAGCAAUGAAGGGAGAGAGCAAGAGCUUGAGCCUCUGCCUAUGACUCGGAAAAGACCUGAACCCAAACCCCCAAGCCAGCCUGCUACCACAGAAAAGCCCACAGGUGAAACCCACAAGGUAUAUUCUCCUGCUGCAGUUCAGACAGGAUGGGGAUACUGGGGAAGCUGGGGAAAAUCUCUUCUGUCAACUGCAUCUGCUACUGUAGCUACAGUAGGUCAAGGUAUUUCAAAUGUCAUAGAAAAAGCAGAAACAACCCUUGGGAUCCCCAGUCCUAGUGAAAUCUCUUCCGAGACUCGAGAUGCUACAAGAGGAAGUGAGAAUCCUGGUGCUAGCAGCACAGAUGCAGUUGAUGAUGGCAGUUCCUUUCCUAUUGCUGGGGCUCUCGGAGUUUUGUCAACCAUCUCUACUGCUGUCCAAAGCACAGGAAAAAGUGUUAUUAGUGGAGGUCUGGAUGCCUUGGAAUUCAUUGGGAAAAAGACAAUGGAUGUAAUAGCUGAGGGAGACCCUGGAUUCAAAAAAACAAAGGGCCUAAUGAACAGAAGUUCAACAUUAUCGCAGGUCUUACGAGAGGCAAAGGAGAAAGAAGAGCAGCAGACAGCUACGGAGGUUGCCAUGGCUACGGAGAAGAAAGCCCAUUAUGGGUUACUCUUUGAUGAGUUUCAGGGUCUUUCACAUCUGGAGGCCUUAGAGAUGCUUUCCAGAGAGAGUGAAUCAAAGGUGAAAUUGGUUCUAAAUGCCCUCUCUGGAGAAGAGUUGGACACACUGAAGGAGGAAAUGGAACAACUCAAAGAAGCAUUUUCUUUACCUGAAUUCUUUGAAGAAGAAGAGGAAGAAAAGAAGGGGGAUGAGGAGUUCACAAAAGAAGUAACAGAGUUGUUUUCAGAAUUGCGUAUCUCCUCAAAGCCAGACAAACUGAUCAUGGUGAGGACAUCUGCUCAGGAAUGGAUAGCAAGAUUCAACAGUAGUCUUCCUAAAGAAGAAAAAGAGAGUGAAGAAAACCAAGAAGCGGAAUCUGGAGAUGGUGACCACGAUGCUAAAACAGUAGAGGAUGUUCAUGCGUUUGCCAUAAGAAGUCUGGCUGAACUGACUGCGUGCUCCAUUGAGAUUUUCCACAAAACUGCAGCUUUGUUUCUACAUGCUCAGAAACAAGAGGUGACAGCCACAGACAGAGCCAAGUCCCUUUCACAAAUGACGAUUGUGCUGUGUAAAGAACUGUCAGCUUUCUCUAAAGAGUUCACUACGUGCUUAACAACUGCAGGGGUCAAAGAGAAAGCAGAUGUGCUUAAUCCCUUAAUCACUGGAGUGUUUUUGGAGGCUUCAAACAGUGCUUCAUAUAUCCAAGAUGCCUUCCAGCUCUUGCUGCCUGUACUGCAGAUCUCUCUUAUUGAGGCUAGAACGGAACUAUCACAGUGAUAAAAAUCCUUCUAAUUAAGAACUUUUUGACCUUCCCACGUCGUAGUUCCCAUGCUGGAGAGUGACGUAAAGGCUGUUAUUAAAGGGGAAAAGAUUAACUCUGAUAGCUGCUGCUGCAAGAAUGGUGAUUAAAUGCAGCCUGGCAAUGACAGCCCGUACAGCACAUUGUGAGAUGUGAUUAGCAUAGUCCAGGCUGGCGGACAACGUGACAGACUUAAAGUGCAGAUUGCUUCUCUGUUUUCAUGGACUGUCUAUAUCUUUUCACUGAAAUCCCUCUGCUGUAUGUGUUAACAAGCUCUUUGGAGAAGCUCUCUGGACUGUGAAGACUAUGCU